UUGGAGGAAGGAACUUUCCGAAGAGAGAGAAAGUCAGCUUCGGCUUCCGUCCCUCGUGGUUCCCAUGGCCAUGUGGGCCGCCUGGGUUUCUUCGCUUCUUUGAUCCGAAUUGCCACGAAGUUCCAAUAACUGUUGCUUAUUCUCUCUUUUCUUAACCUGUAAGACUAUAAGAUCCAAUUUUGUUGUUGUCUUCCUCCUCCUCAACAACUAAUUUCAUCAACCAAAAAGCCGUUUCUUUGACGUUUUCGCGGCUAGAAAGUACCCUUAUUCCAUAACUGCACAACUGCUCCGUAUCCAAUCCUUUUGAUUGAAGCAGAAUCAGAGUCUUCUCUCCGAUUACGUAGCAAAUAUGUUACAUCGAAGCUUUAAGCCCGCGAAAUGCAAAACAGCGUUAAAACUCGCGGUUUCAAGAAUAAAGCUUUUGAAGAAUAGAAGAGAAGCGCUGGUGAAGCAACACAAGAGGGAAUUAGCCCAAUUGCUCGAGUCUGGGCAGGACCAGACUGCUAGAAUCCGGGUUGAACAUGUUGUUAGGGAAGAGAAGACAAUGGCCGCAUAUGAUCUUAUAGAAAUAUACUGUGAGCUGAUUGCAGCUCGCUUGCCAAUGAUUGAAUCACAGAAAAACUGUCCCAUCGAUCUGAAGGAGGCAAUAUCAAGUGUAAUAUUUGCAUCACCACGAUGUUCAGAUAUACCUGAGCUCAUGGAUGUGCGAAAGCAUAUUACAGCUAAGUAUGGAAAAGAAUUCAUCUCAGCAGCUGUUGAAUUACGCCCUGACUGUGGUGUAAAUCGUCUGUUGGUCGAGAAACUGUCUGCCAAAGCACCUGAUGGUCCAACUAAGAUGAAAAUACUGACUGCAAUUGCAGAGGAACAUAAUAUAAAGUGGGAACCCAAGUCUUUCGGAGAAAGUGAUGUAAAGCUUUCUCAAGGUUCACAGGUUGGGACAAAUGCUUAUGAGAAGGGUAACUACGUGGAACCUCCUCAAGUUCAUGUUCCACUUGUUCGUGAUGAAAUGGGACCUCCUAAUUUACGUGGUUUCUCUGAAUAUGAAAAAAUGCAAAAUACGCCUACAAAUUUAGUUGAGGCCACAAAUGAUGCCGAGAAAAUGGUUGGUGGCGGUAAGUCAACAACAUCAGGGACCACUAGUCCAGGGAUUAGAUCUUCAGGAACUGGAAAUCAAGAAAUGGAUUCUGCAGCUUAUUAUGAAAACAGAAGGGGUGCCCCUACGGAUAAUAUAAAUUGGAACAUGGAAUUUAAAGAUGCUGCCUCUGCUGCGCAGGCAGCUGCAGAAUCUGCAGAGCGUGCAAGUAUGGCUGCUCGGGCUGCUGCAGAACUCUCAAACCGUGAUAGGAUCAAUAGGCAGUAUUCAGGUGGAUCACAGAGUUCUUCUGGAAGUGGUUUAAGACAUGAAGUUCCUCAAGAAUUUUUAUUUCAUGAUGACAAACAUCUUCCUACAGAACGUUCAGGCAUGACUGCUAGUGCAGCUCCAGAACAAUCAAACCAUGAAAAGACCAGCAGGCAGUAUUCAACUGGAUCACAUAUAUCACGCAAGAGUAAUGAAUUACCUUAUCCUCCUUUUCACGAUGAAAUUCAUAUUUCUACUGGUUCUGCUGAUAACAUCGUUCGCAGUAGUAGCUUGGCAAUGCAUAAUGAGGAAAUUAACAGAAAAGAACAGGAUAGACCAGUAAGAGCGCCUGAUGAAUAUUACAGGGAUAUUCAUGAGAAUGUGCUGAAACGUCCCCAGUCUACUUCCUUCACAUCUAGAGGUCCUUUUAAUGAUGAUAACCCGUUUGCUGUGGAUUCUAAAAUGGCAAAUUUAUAUCCUGAAAAUAGUUUGUUUAGGCAAGAAAGUAGUGACUACCUAUACGAAGUGAGCAUGGAAAAAGGGGCGAGUGGAACUGAAGUAGAUGUAGUCAGUGAACAGCAUGCUGAUAUGGAUACUGGAAUGAAGAACUAUGAUCUCUUUGGAGGUGGAAGGAUGGAUAGGCAAUCUAGAAAUGCUUCCCCUUCUGGUUCUCACUUUAGUAUGACAAGUGAUAAUCGUAAUGAUGUUUUCAAGUCGAAUGAUCCUAAGAUAAACAACAGUCCUGUGGGAGACCUUUCUGUUACUGAUGAAGGAAACAUUCAUAGCAUAUAUAUGGAAACGACUUCUCAUGAUGAUACGCCUGUUGUUUUUGAUGAUUCAGCAUCAGAGGAUGAUGAUUAUAAAUUUUUGGAUAAGACGCAUGUGGAAGAGGGAUCUGGUUCGUUCUUCUCAUCUCUUGAUAACAAAUCACAUGCAGAUCCAUUAGCUAAUACCAAUGCUUGGAGCCCUGGACAAGUCGUUGAGGGGAAAGAGACAGGCUUAAGUUCACAGUCACAUUUUUCUGAGGUUUCUGAAAGCUUGAGAAAGUCUGCCGUUUCUUCUGGGAAAGAAGACUUGCCACCUGUGACUUUUGAUGAUUCAGAUGGUCCAAGUUCAGAUAGUGAGGAGGAUAUGGUCAAGUCUAACGUUACCGAGAGUUACAAUCAUGGAAAUUCUUUCCCUGGUCGGAGUGCAAACCAUGAGGCCUUAGAGUCCUCAUCAUUGUAUGAUAAAAAUGUUGAUUCUGACAGAAAGCUUGGACUAUCUUCAUCUUUAGCUGAUUUAGAUACAGUGGAAGAGAAUUUUAAGGGAAAGAUAGACAUCACUAGUGUGCCAGGAAAGAAUUACAGUUAUGAUGAACUGCCAACCAACAGGCCAUCUUCUGAAGUAAGUUCUUCGUUGAGUUCAAAUUUCAAGACAAGCGUCCUCUCAUCAAAGUCACCUCAUACUUCAGACGAAUCUCUUAUAGAAGAAAGUGGUAAGGAAUUAAACUACGGAUCACUGAAGGGUGGGUUUCGCAAUAAAGGUAUCAGGCGGCCACCAUAUCUUAAAAGCUCAAAUAAGGGUUCUUCAUCCUUGGAGGACAUUCCAGUGCAGGAUGAAGGAUCUUUUCCUUCUCGGAGGACGUCAGUGAACUCCGAUGCUCAUCGGGAUGCAUAUAAGAGUAAGGUGAGUAGUGGAAGGAGAAGUAUGGUGAGAGAACAGAAAACAUUGGAUUCUGAUAGUUUCAACCCUGAUCCGAAGUCGCAUGAAGACAGGACUGAUACUCAAGACCCUCACAUUCAAAAGCCAGAGGAAAGUGAAGCAAGGAAGAAAUCAAGAUCCAAGGUCUCGUAUACUUACUUUGAUUCUGAUAGUAGUUAUUCUGAGGAUGAAGUUCCCAGACAAAAUUCAGACAGUCGUGCACGCCCUGCUAGUGGAUUUCCUAGAAGGACAGCAACUUCUUCAAAAUCUGGUGCAAGUUCAACCUCCAAGGAGGCUCCUUCAGCGUCUGGCUCAGGACUCGUAUGGAAAUCUUCAAGAGCUUAUAACGACAGUGAAAAACAGAAAAUGGCCUCUUCCAGGAUGGUGACCUCUGAUAAUGUGGCAAACCCUGAGCAUGGAUCAGCAGAAAAAGCAGCAUUUAAACCAAUCCCAGAUUCUCGCAAGUCCUUAGAUGAAGUUACAAGGCCAUCUGCGAAGGUGCAACCUUCCCAUCCUUUACCUAGAACGGUGACACCAGAUAACGCAGAGGCUUCAGGUUCUCCAAGUACUGAUAGAGAUGCUCCCUCUAAUGAUAAGGCGGCGGCUAGUCACGUUCAUCCUAAGCUGCCCGACUAUGAUUCCUUCGCUGCACACUUCCUAUCUCUUAAGAAGGGUCGUCAAUGAAUUUGAAUUGAUUGCAUGCAGCACUAUUAGGGCUCUGCCAUAAUAGUUGGUUCCUUUUCUACAUGUAAAUCUGUGGAAUAAGAUUCGAGUUACGUUAGGAACAUAGUGAUUCAUACAUUUUUCUUGUAUAAAUUGAGAUCAUGCAUUUGUUUCGCUACACCAUUUUGGCGCAUAUCCAAUAAAUUGAGCAGUACCAGAUGUAUAUGUGAUUGUGUUAGAACCUUCAUUAGAAUUCAGAAACCUUGUGAGUAAGAUUUGUGUCAUGGGCAUAUAGUCCUGGGAUCUUUAUUUAUCUAUUUCUUUGGCUUUUGCACCGGUUGUAUUGUCGCUUGUAUUCAUGGAGUUGGAGUGAGUUGAGCUGGGUUGUCUGAA